UGGAAUAGACAAUUUGGCCCCUCAUUCUUCUGAUCCGCCCUAACCAUAACCAGGUUCCCCAUCCCACUCGGUCCUCAGGCCGCCGCAGGGACCUCGCGCCCGCCGUGCCGGUGCCCGCUCCGCCGCGCCGCCGCAGGAAAUUGCCCCUCUAGCUACUGGAAGAGCUGGGAAUGGAGGAAGGUGUGGCGGCAACGGGGAACCCGACAGUGACCAUGGCUGUGCCGGAGGUGGCUGCCAACGAGGGUCAACAUGCCGAGGGCUCGCCAGAGGAAGCUGCUGUUGUGGACCAGCAUUUCGAGGGCUCAACCAUGCCAAUGGCUGCGCGGGAGGAGGCUGCUGGUGCGGGCCAGCGUGCUGAGGGUGUGACGGUGCCCAUGGUGGCGCCGGAGAAAGCUUCUGAUGACUCGACGGUGUCUAUGGUGGCCGUGCCAGAGGAAACUGCUGUUAUAGACCAGCAUUUCGAGGGCUCAACGGUGCCAAUGGCUGUGCCGGAGGAGGCUGUUGGUGCGGACCAGCGUGCUGAGGGUGUGACGGUGCCGGCUCCAGAGAAGGCUGCUGAGGACUCGGCGGUGUCUAUGGUGGUGCCAGAGAAGGCUACUGACGCGGACCAGCAUCUCGAGGGCUCGACUGUGUCUAUGGUGGUGACAGAGGAGGCCGUUCAUGUGGACCAGCGUGGGGAGGGCUCGACAGUCUCUAUGGUGGUGACACAUGAGGCCGCCGAUGCGGACCAGCAUGGGGAGAGCUCGACAGUGCCUAUGGUGAUGCAAGAGGAGGCUGUCAUCACAGACCAACAUAUUGAGGGAGUGAGGGUGCCCAUGGUGGUGCCCGAGGCAGCUGCUGACGCGGAUCAUCACAUUGAGGAUGCGAACACGCAGUACAAGCAUGGGGAUACCGAUGGAAUCAUCAAUGUUACUCCUGGGGAAAUGAGAGGCAUCAUCGAAGUUAUAGCUGAGACGGGGAAGUUCUGGCAUGAAUGGAGUUUUCUCAAGAGGUUGUUGUCUCUCCAAUUGAUGCAGGUCUUGGGUGAAUAUUCUGAGGUUCAAAUGGUGAUGCGAGAAGAUGGGCAGCAACAGAAUUCUUUGUCUGCGGAGGCACACUCAGAGCUGUUUAGCCAGCUAAAUGAUGCCCUCUUGAGGUUUGAAGAAGGUCCUCCAUUUACACUGCAAAGACUUUGUGAGAUUCUGUUGGAUCCAAAAGGAACAUAUAAGAAAUUGUCGAAGCUCGCUUUGGCUUUGGAGAAGACCCUUCUAGUCACGUCUACUAUAACCAAGUGUACCGACCCAUACCCAGUUGCCCACGGUCCAAAUUCCGAAGCAACAGCAAUCACAGAAAUCACAGAUCCUGUCGAUGCAAAACCUGAAAAGCUGCCGGAACAUCCUGCAGCGGUUUCCAACGGAACAGAACAUGCAGGAGGUGAUGGUGAUGAAGAGAUGGCUGACGCAGAAGCCGAGGCAGGGCCCGGUAGCCAUGAUGAUGUCGAGAUGCAGGAGGAGAAGCCUGAUCAUCAUAUGGCAGGUGUCGACUCCCAUACCAGCUCAGGCGUGGCUGCUACUUGUGGAACGGUCGGUAGCAGUGAACAAUCUCUGGAGCCGCAGAGCUGAUUUUGCAUGCAACAAAGGCCAAAUGACCUAGUGCAGUUCUGUUUAGCUCUCUGGAUAUUGCUAUAACCCUCGUGAUUAGCUCGUUGUGCUAUGUGAUUCUCUCUUGGUUCGUGUGUAUACAAUACAUGAUAUGAUUAGCUGAUCAUGAUAUGUGAUCUCGAGGUGUAGUAAGCCGUCGUUGGACCUGCAUGCGUUACCAUGGCUAAAACGACUGAGAUUCUCUUAAGGGAAAAUGUGCUCAGAAUGACCAUAAUACAUUUUUCUUACUUGUCA